AUGGGACAAAGGAGGAGAAGAAAAAGAAAGACAAGGAAGAAAAGGACAUUAGGUAGUAGUACAUCUUUGAUACCGAAUUGGUCAGAACUUCAAUAUGAUGUGCUAGUUCACGUUGCUAGGCGUUUGAAUUUGAUCGAAGAUUACCUUAAUUUCGCCGCUGUCUGCAAACCCUGGCGACUUGCGGCCACCAAGGAAAAUUUUAACAGUGACCUGCCUAGGGUUCCAUGGCUUAUGUUAGCUGAGGAAGAAGGAAGCGACGUUAGUUCAUGUAGAAAGUUCUUCAACCUCUGCAAUGACUUGAUUUUCAAGACAACGAUACCACAAGCCAGCGGAAAAAGAUGUUUGGAGUCUAUGGGAUGGCUUAUCACUGUGGGAAUAGACGGUGAAAUUAGUCUGCUACAUCCUUUUUCCGGUGUUCAGAUUGAACUGCCCCAUCAAAAUACCACUGAAGAUUAUACCCGCAACAAGACUCAAUAUAUAUGGAACUUUAUUCACAAGGCAGUUUUGUCCACUAGUCCUUCUAAAACAUCAGAUUAUCUUCUUAUGGUCAUUGAGGGAGAAAAUAAGUACCUCAGUUUUUGGAGGCCAGGAGACUUGAAAUGGACCAGGAUUAGAAGAGAAAACUAUGAGCCUCAUUCUCGUGAUCAACAUUGCGAUGUGGUUUACUUUGAUGGCAAAUUUUAUGCAGUUGAUAUGCAAGGCAAUGUGCUACUUCGCAAUGUUACUGACCAACUGAGGCUCAAAGAGUUUCCAUUCACACCUGUCUAUGAGGAUGAAGUUUAUGAUGAGGAGGAGGUCCCCGAAUUCGAUGGGCAGCUCAUUUUUCACACAAUAUUUUUUCGAGUUUACGAGGUUGAUUUAGCUGCUGGUAAAUUGACGGAGACCAAACAAAUAGGGGACAUGGCCCUCUUUUUGGGUGCUAAUGCAUCUCUGUCAGUCCAAGCUUCUCAAUUUCCUGGAGUUAAGCCCAAUUCAUUGGCCUGUAAAUUGGAUAUCGGCCCUUGCUACUAUGACCAUUUAGUAAUUGCCUUUUCAGCUCGGAUUGAAGCAGCUUUACUUGGUGUCAAGAUGGGGCUAGUAUAUCUUAGUUGGAAAGAUAGUGGCUCUUCUGCUACAUUCGUUGAGUUGAAAAUUUUGUUAGCUAUUUUGUCCAUAAUUCAGGAUACUGUGACCAAUUAG